AUGAAGGUUGAAAAAUUGUCAAACGGUUUGGAAGCUUUAGUAAGAACUGAAGAGGAUGAUCGCGAGGGCUUCUCCUUCCUAAAUAUUAUGGACCGUGUGGACCCCUUACCAGAGAACUUCGAGAGUUACAAUAACUUCAAAGAGAGUGUAUAUUAUAUGUGUACACACAAUGGUACGAAAAUUGGAUUCGUAUUGAAAUUCGUUAUUGCUGAAAUGAAGGCUCUUUGCAGAGAAACCUUUGAAGAGACUUUCCAAUUAGAUGAGCUGAAUCAUACGUUAAGGUUCAGAAGCGAGAAUUUCGAUCAAAGGAACGACUUAAUUGAUCAAUUGGCUCACACAAUGUAUCUGGAAUCAUCAAUAAGUGGUGUUAAGGGCUGGAGAGAUGAAAAGUACGCUAUUUGGGUGGAUAGAAAGCCAUACGUCCUUAUCGAACGUGCGAUGGCGGGUGUACUUGGUAUAACCACAUACGGGGUGCAUAUUAACGGUUAUGUGCUAGAUCCAGAAUCCAAGGAGAUUCGGUUCUGGAUCCCAAGAAGAUCCAAAACAAAGCAAACGUGGCCAUUAAUGCUCGACAACAUUAUAGCUGGAGGAUUAGGAUAUCCAUACGGUAUAUAUGAAACAGUUUUAAAAGAGAGCGUCGAGGAAGCCAACUUGCAAAAAAGUAUUAUUGAAGCCAGUAUCAAGGCUGCCGGCGUUGUUUCUUACCUCUACUUUACAGGUGACAUUUCUGUGACGGCAUUCGACAAGGAAUCAGAUUUUAUCGUUGGAGAAGUGGAAUAUGUCUACGAUUUAAAGCUCGAUAAGGACAUUAUUCCAAAACCGAAUGACGGAGAAGUUGAAAGUUUCAACCUAUUCAGCUUACAAGAAACCAUCAAUGCUUUGAAAAGAAAAGAAUUCAAGCCCAAUUGCGCUUUAGUAACGGUAGAAUUCUUGAUUAGACAUGGCUAUAUUACACCGGAAAAUGAACCCAAUUAUCUUGAAUUAGUGGCUAGAAUGCACAGAAGAUUACCAUUCCCUACAUUAAACUAA